CGUCCUCAUCAAUCGAUUAAAAAUGUUUACGCCGUUACUGAGGAGAAUAAUGCAAUAUUAGAAAACUUUUGGUAAAAUAUGUGAACACAAACACUGCAAAAUGCAAGAAGAUAAUGUACAAGUAGCAGUAAGGGUUCGCCCUCUGCUACCAAAAGAACAACUAGCCUCAGAGCAGAUGUGUGUAAGAAUAAUACCUACUACAAAACAAAUUGUUAUGGGAAAAGAUAGAGCUUUCACUUAUGACCAUGUUUUAUCUUCUAAAUCGACACAGACUGAAGUAUAUGAAACCUGUGUAGAACCUUUAGUAAACAGUUUAUUUGAAGGUUAUAAUUCUACAGUAUUUGCUUAUGGACAAACCGGAUCGGGUAAAACAUUUACUAUAGGAGGUGGUAAUAUUACAUCUUUAACAGAAGAAGAAUAUGGUAUUUUACCUAGAGCGCUUAAAGAAAUGUUUUAUAUCAUGCAAGAAAACUCUAAAGUAGAAUAUAGUAUAAGAGUAUCUUAUAUAGAGAUUUAUAAAGAAGAAUUAAAAGAUUUAUUAGAUGCAGAUAGUUCUAAUAAAGACUUACAUGUUAGAGAAGAUGAGAAUGGCAAUACAGUUAUAACUGGGACACGUGAAGUAGCUUGUGAAUCAUUAGAUGAAGUCAUGGAUUUGUUAGAAUGUGGUUCUGCAGCAAGACAAACUGGUUCUACACAGAUGAAUGAACAUUCCAGUCGUUCUCAUUCUAUAUUUACUAUUGUUAUUAGUCAGUCAUGGAGCGAAGAUGAUUUUGAUUUGAGUAGAAAUAGUAGUGCUAGUAAGGCAAGGAAAGUAUCGGUGUCUGAUAGUUCAGAAUCUUUACCCGAGAUUUCUCAUUUUAUGUCUGGCAAGUUUCAUUUUGUUGAUCUGGCUGGUUCAGAAAGGGCUCAUAGAACAGGCAAUGUUGGUGAUAGAUUUAAAGAGUCCAUCCAUAUCAAUACAGGGUUGUUAUCACUGGGUAAUGUAAUUAGUGCCCUUGGUGAUCCAAAGAAAAAAUCUACUCACAUUCCAUAUAGAGAUUCAAAAAUUACUAGAUUACUGAAGGAUUCUCUUGGUGGAAAUGCUAAAACUUUAAUGAUCUGUUGUAUUAGUCCCGCAGCAUCCAACUUUGAUGAAUCAUUGAAUGCACUGAAAUAUGCUAAUAGGGCCAGAAAUAUCAAGAAUAAACCAAUAAUAAAUCGUGAUAUUCAGUCAAUUAGAUUUGAAGAAAUGCAAAGUGAAAUAAAGGCUUUGAGAGAAGAAUUAUCUCGACAAAGAACAUCUGUGUUGAGUGCUGCAGGCGGUGAUUGUAACAUGGAGAGAGCUAUGCAGGAUGCAAAUCAUAUUAAAGACUUAGAGGACAGUGUUAUAAGGCUGCAGACAGAAUGUGCUCAUUAUAGAAUGAUUGCAGAAGAAGCUUAUAAACAACUAAUGGAGAUACAAGAACGGGAUAUUUUAACGAAAAGUCAGGAUUUUAGACUAAAAGAUUGGCUUGAACUAAUGGAAGAGAUCAAGAAUAAAGUUCCAUCAACACUAACACCGGGUGAGAUGGAGAAUAAAACCAUAAUAGAAUUAGAACAUCAGCUCAAAAAGUGUAGAGCAGAUCUUGUCAGUGAUGAAGAAAUAUUUUCAGAAAAGGCCAAAGAAAUGAAUAGUUUAUCAAAUAGAAUAGUUCAAUUGGAAGAUGCAGCUGAAGAUACAGCAAAUGCAUUGUUAUUAUCAGAAGAAGUUGUUCAGAAACAGGAACAGCAACUCUUACAACAACAGAUUAAAAUAGAAGAACUUCAGAAAGCAUUAAAGAGUGCUUUGGUACGACAGAGCAGUAUUAUAGACAGUGAUUGUACAAUUACAGACAGACAACCAACGUCUAGUCGACGUCCUAAAUCUGUUCCAGUUCAUCUACACAGACAACCUAGUAAUAAUGGUAAUCGACCGUUAUCUCGGAACAUAAAGACAAGUCCGGCUCUUUUUUCUUUAGAGCGAGUUAUGCAGAGUUUUCGCGCGCGUAGUCAGUUAUUAGUGAGUAGAUUAGAGGAUCAUGACGAUGUUUUACAUCAGACAUUUAGUGAUGAUAGUUCAUAUAGUGAUUCUGAAGGGGAUGUGGAAGGUCAGUUUGUUAGAAAAGGAACAUUUAGAGUGAAGAAAGGUGGUUGUAGAAAUGCUACUGUAGACGGUAAUAAUCCAUCUGAUGUGAGAUCAAGUACUAGAAUUUUAGAUCACAGUAUGGAUAUGCAAGAUGGACGACAACAAGAAAGUCGUUUAACGUACACCAAUAUAGAAACACGAACAAGUGCAGAAAUACAAAAGAAAAAGAUAAAACAAGCUCAACUUAAAGUUCUUGAAUCAAAUCAGAAGAUGAGAGAUCUCUCAAUUAAUAUUAGAAUGAAAGAACAACUUAUAUGUGAACUAGUUAAAACUGGUAAAGAUGCAGAACUUAUGAAUAAACAGUAUGAAGAAAAAAUUAAAAGUCUAGAAAAGAUGAAACAAAUAGUAGAGAAGGAAUUACAAGGUACACAGAGGGCUUUACAAGAUUUAGAACAUAAAGAACACCAAGAAACGGCUGAAAAACAGAAACUACAAACUGAAUAUAAGAAGAAAAUUGAUGCUGCUAAAAGUAAAAUGACAGCUUUACAACAGAAACAAAGGGAUACAAAAAAGGUUGUAGAUUUUGCAGAGCAAAAUGAGAAAAAAAUUCAAGAUUUACAAUUAGCUGUUGAUAGAAUGAAACAACAGCAAGACCAUCUUCAUAAAAAACUUAAAGAUGAAACAGAACAGAAGUCAAGAAUAGAAAGAGAUAUGCAAAAAGAAUUACAGAAAGUAAAAGAAUUAGAAAUAAAGAAUGAACAACAACAGAAAAUAUUAAAAAGGAAGAAUGAAGAAAUAGCUGCUGCUCAAAGACGACUAAGAUCUGGUUCUUUACCUCCUAUACAGAUGGAACAGUUAGAGAAACUAGAAGAACAGAAACGAUGGCUAGAUGGUGAAAUGGACAAAAUAAUACAACAAAGACAACAAAUGGAAGGAUUACAAGAGGAGUUGAGAAAGAGGGAAGAUAUCAUUGUUAAAAAGGAGGCCAUAUUGUCAGAGAAGAGUGAAUUAGAAAUCAAGAAACUUCGUUCAAGUCAGAUGCUAAGCAAGGACCUGGUAACAAUGUCUAGUAAACUAGAUUCUAUAGAAAAACGAAUAGAUGAGAAGAAGAAAGAAUAUGGCGAAGUACCAGAAGAUAGAAGAUCUGUUGUAAAAGAAGAAAUGCAAAAGUUGAAACAUAGUCGUGAUAAAUUACAAAAACGUAGAUUAGUAAUUGAUGAAAAACUUGGUUGUGGGGAAGUUCUGUCUCAUGAAGAAGAAAGAAGACUAAUAGAGUUAGAUGAAGCUAUAGAAGCUUUAGAUGCUGCUAUUGAAUUUAAAAAUGAAACCAUCACAAGUCGUCAGACUGAGAUUAGACAGUCACAAAUAAUCACACAACAGAGUGAUGAAAGUGUAAUGAACAGAAUCAACUUGUUGAAAACAUCUGAGAUUAAAUCUCUACUAGCUAGAUAUUUUGAUAAAGUUAUUACAUUACGUGAAGAAGAACGUAGAAUAACUUUGACUUGCAGUGAAUAUGAGGUUAAAGUGGAUGAACAGGAGAGAUUAAUUCGUGAAUUAGAAAGUGCUUUACAACGUACAACAAUGGAUAUAGAUAGACGAUUAACUAAGCAACAGAGGGAGUAUGAACAGAAGAUACAACUAUUAAUGAAUCAGUUAACAGAUGGAGGAAUGUCAAGUGGGGAUGCAGCUGUUGAUGUCAGAAUGCAGCAAUUAGAAAAAGAAUUAUAUUAUUAUAAGAAGACUAGUCGAGAUUUAAAGAAGAAAAUAAGAGAUUUGAUAUCUAGUGGUGUUUUAACGUCUCAAGCUUUUGAAGAUAUUAGUGUGAUUAAUUCUCUAGCAGAAACACCUAGAAAUGUUACCAAUAAGGAAAUUCCGAGAAGUCGUCCAUCCAGUAGUAGAGAUCGAGAUCCUGGUGAUUAUCGGAAUUCUGCUAGAUCAGUUCGUAACUCGAGCACUGAUUUACCACAAAUAACUACACCAGUUAAAAUAUCACGCAAAGAUUUACGUCCAAUGACUGACGAAGAAGUACAGAUGAGAAAAUCAAACAUCAGUAAAAGUAUUAAUGGUUCCCAUUUACAUGAUUCCUUGGAAAGUCAGAAUAAUCCAUGGUCUUAGCCCAUAUGAUAAUUCAAGUAUCUUACAUCCAUCCAUCCAUUAGAUAAUAUAUAUUCAGACAUAUUUAAUGUGUGAAAUAUAACCAUAGUAUUUAAACCAGUAUUGUUGUAUGUAUUGUUAUUAUUAUGUUAUUUAUGCUUAUAGAUUGUAAAUAUUAUAUUGUUUCAUCAUUUUGUAUCAUAAUUUAAUCAAUCAUUAGACAAUAUAAGUUCAUAAUAUUAUAUUUACACCUGGUUUCCAAUAGUGUGUAUCACGUUUUUUUUUUUUUUGCUGGUGGAUUUCUCAGCGAGACAUUUUCAAAACCAGCCAGAGAUUGAUGGGAAGAAAAUGUCUCAAACAACACAGUUUUACACCCAUGUGUAGAUAUGUAGCUUUGUGUGGAAUUGCUUUAAGUAACAUUUUAAUCCACAAUUAAAUGAUGUCCUAAACAGAAUGCUUAUGUGGUUAUUUAUAUUUUUGGUCUCUGUCCAUCUUUUCUGCCUUGUAUCUAGACUAAAAUAUCCACAUAUUGGUGAAAACUGAGAAGUGGAUAUAUACUAAUUUGUAGAAAGGUUAAUUUCUCAUUUAUUACAACAUUGCUAACAAUAAAGGCUAUUUGUAUAUAAUACUGUAAGUGUUAAAUUAAAACACUUUAUUUAUCUAAUGAAUAAGAAAAAACAGAAUUUAAAUAACAAAUCCUUUAGUCUAAAAAUAAUAAUAAUAGUAUGUACACAUGUUAUAAGUGUCUGGCUAUAUUAAUUACAUUCAAACCUUGCCAUAUGUUACAACAACGAAAAAACAAAUGCUUCUAUCAAACAUGUUGGAGUGACAAAUAGACUUAAUGAUGAUCAUGAUAAGUCUGCAAUAAGCUUAUAGACACCACCUUUUGUACCUAGACAAAUCUAUAUCAACAUCAUUCUUCAUAUAUUAUUUUAAAGCAUGGUAUACUUGUACCACAAUAUUUACAUUGUGGUACCGUACCUAUUCAUUCAUGAACAUACCCCAUGUUCAUUGUAUUUGCAUUUAGAUCAAAUUUCAGAAAAGUUUGAUAAUUACUGCCUGCUCUGUGUAAAAAUAGAUAUUGUUUUUGAAUACAAAUUUUUCCUGUAUUAUCAAUCCAUCCUUGAUUGUACUUUAAUUUGUAUGAUUUUCUGUGUCUAUCUUGAUCGCAUGGAAUGCUUAUGCAUGUAGAUUAAGAUAAUAAUUAUAUGCAAUUAAUUAUAUGAGAAUAAUAAUUUUAAACUUGACUUGUGAAUUAGAAAUCCACUUCUUGGUUAUUUAAUUUCGAAAAACAAUUAUCUACCUUAGAAUUAUAUUGCUCUAACUUCAUUUUUAUAUGCCCACAGUUUCAUGUGGACGUAUAUUGUCAUCGCCCCUGUCCGUCCGUCUGUCUGUCCACAAUUUGAUUGUGGACACUCUACAGGUCACAAUUCUUAUCCGAUUUUAUCGAAACUUGAAAUAUAGGUUUAUCUCAAAAGGAUCUUGAUAUUGGCAUGUAUCGGAUCAAAACUUCAUGGAUUUUAGCCCCUGAUUGUACGAAAAAUCAUAUUUUUAGCUUGUGGACACUCUAAGAGGUUCCAAUUUUUAUCUGAUUUAGAUGAUACCUGAAAUGUAUGUUUUAUAACCCAAAGAUCUCGGUUCUUUUUGACAUUCGUGCAUAUUGGAUCGCAACUUCCAGGAUUAUGGCCCCUGAUUGUGCAAAAAAUCACCGUUUUUUGCUGUGGUUUUCCUAGAGGUCAAAAUUUUUAUCUCAUAAAAAAACGUUCAAAUAUAUCACUGUUACACCACAAUGAUGACCAAAACUGCCAUACAAAAUGGCCACUCUAUGUACACAAAUAGUGUUAACGUAAUGUAAUUUCAAGUUUGUGAACCCUCUAGAGGUCACAAUUUGGAUCGGAUUUUGAUGUGUUUAUGUCCCAAAGAUCUCAGUUCCUUUCAAUAUUCACACAUAUCGGAUUAUGACCCCUGAUUGUUCAAACUUGGUGUAGGUGUUUAUUAGGUGAAUGCCUUGAUGAAGUUCGAAGAUGAGUCUUUUCUGCUUAGGGUAAGCAGAGAUAAGCAACUUGAUUGGUUGAUGCUUUGGGACACAAUAACUUUGUUUCUAAUUAAGUGAGAGAGAGAUGAAACUUGGUGUAUCGUUUUAGGACAUCAAUACCAUGACUAAGUUGAUAAUGAGCAUUUUCUGGUCAAUGUAAGCAGAGUUGUCUUGUUUUAUAUUAAGGAAGUAACACGAUAUCGAUAUAUGGGCAUAUGUGGUUCAAAUGUCAAUUUCAAAUAUCAAUAAAUUAGUGUUGAUCUGUUUUACCGACUAGUAGAUAUGUAUUGAUUUACUUAUUCCUGUGAAGUAAUUAGGAUCUAGUAAACUAUACCUAGUAGUUUAUUUUAACUAAAGAUCUAGUAUAUAUUAUAGAAUAUUUUGUAAUUCUAUCACAAUCCCUCCAACAACCUUUAUUACAGAGUUUAUUUAUUGUUAUGUUAUUUGAUUUAUUUAUGAAUUAUUGUAAAUACAGGGUCUAAUUUAUUUGUGAUUGUUUUGUAUAUUAGGCAAGAUGUCUUGUGUAUGAAACAUAUCAAUUGUUUUACAAUAUUGGAUAUGAAAAAGUCCCAAAGACACAGUCAUAGUGCCCCCUUCCUAAUCCCUCCAUUGGCAUACAUUUUAUUACUUUGCAUCAUGAUAAAACGGUGAUCUGUACCAGUGAAAAGGAAUCAAACAACUUAAUCACAUGGAUCAAUUUGGAUUAGUUUAUUUAAGACUCUUCAUUUCACCAUUCAUUGUUAAUCACAUUUAUGUAGGCCCACAAUAGCACAUUAUAGGCUGCUGUUAAUAAUUAAGAGAUAUUAAAUAUCAAACAUAUAUUAUUCAUUGGUUAAUACAGUAAUAAUAUGUGAAUUCAUAUACUCUUUUAGAGGUAAGUAAUACAUUUAAAAUUUUUUCAGCUUUUCUCUGAUUUCUCAAUAUAUUUCCGUCCUUCAGUAAUAUUAUUAUCUUGUUAUUUGUUACAGUAAUAUUUUGUGAUAAAGCCAUUUGACCUAUUGUACAUGAAAACUACUUAUGUCCUCUAUUAACAUUCCAUUCUUCAAAUAUGUUCAGUCUUUUUAUUCCAAGAAUUCUUGUUUUGAUUUAUGUAAAGGUACAUGUAGUUUUAUUACAACUAACGCUUUGUAGGGAACUUAUAUUAUAGUCCCAGAGAAAGGAAAAAGAUCAGUCUAGCAAGUUUGGUUCAUUUGGGCAUUUUUUGAAGAAGGUGAACAAUUAUCUAUGCAAAUGUUUUGACAAGCUCCUGUAUAGUUGUUAUAUAUUUGUUCAUCUAGUUCAGCCUUCAUAUUGUAAGAACAUCAAAAAUGCCUCAGAUUGCAAUACAAAAUAGUCACUGAGUUAUUUUCCAGUCUGUAUAACAACUUGGAAUUUGAAAUGAUUAUGAUUUAAGAUAAUUCUUCAUUAUUAUAUUUUGUUUAAAAUGAACUGUCAAUAGCUUGAUUUUGAUUUCUGUAUCAAGUUCUUGACUAUUGCAUGGACUUGUUUUUAUUAGUAUGAUUAUUAUCUUUUAUUCAUAUACUGUGUUCUUAUAUCAUAGGUUUUUCAAGAAUUGCUGAGUUCAUAAUAUUGUCUGAUCAUAAUAAAACAUAAUAAA